AUGGGUGGAAUUGGUGAAGUAGUACAAACAGAUGAAUCAUUAUUUCGUGGUAAACGCAAAUAUAAUCGUGGUCGUCUACUACUUGGCAAUCGUAACAACGCCACAGCUGCUAACAACAACAAUAAUAAUAAUAAUAAUAACAACGGUCUUGUUCAAUAUUCAAGUUCCAGUUCGAGCGAUGAUUCAGAUUCCAGCAAUGAUCAAACUCAGGCAAAUAACAAUAGAAAUUAUGGAGACAGACUGGAUGGUCCCUGGAUAUUUGGAAUCGCACAACGAACGGCAGAGGGGUACGAGGCGCGUUUUUUCCAUGUGCAGCGGCUUGAUGCGGUUACGUUGCUUCCAAUUAUUUGGAAAAACGUUUAUCCUGGAACUACUAUAUGGUCGGACGAAUGGAAAGCUUAUUCACGCUUGCAACCAACGUACGGUUACGACCAUCAGACAGUAAAUCAUUCUCAAAAUUUUAUUGAUCCACAUACCGGCUGUCACACACAACUUAUUGAAACAUUGUGGGGAGCUGCGCAAACAAAAAUUUUAAGAAUUAUGCGAGGAACUAAUUUAUUAGACUCAUAUCUGGCCGAAUUUUGGUAUCGUUCUGUACAUAAACCAAUGUUUUCAUCUAUUCUUGAGGACAUUCGACGUUAUCGUACAAAAUAA